AUGACUUCUUCUUCUUCUUCUUAUAAUCACAACAAGGAGAAUAACAAAAAUGAUGAUGUUCAAAGUGACGACCGACAAAUGAACGAGAAAUCGUCCUGCUGGAAGUGUCACGGACUCGGCAAGAAGUAUCAAAAAGUUACCAAAAAAUACGACGGCAAGAUAUGUGGGGUCUGUAAUGGUACUGGAGCACGACAAGAAUCAAAAAAGUCCCAGAAACUACAAGAGCAACCAGGCAAAAUCAUUCCUCUGCGAGGGAUGCUUCCCCACAGUCGCAAUCCUGGAGGUUUCUUGGGCCCACCGGCUGUGGGAAAGAUUGAUGGUGGUGGUGAUGACGAUGAUGAUGACUUGACGUCUUUCAAAAUAAACAAUGGUGAAAUAUUAGCGUCACUGGGGUGCGGGGACUGGCGAAUCUUUCAAUUGGCCAAUGGACACAAAUUGACGGUCGAUGACUUUAUCUGUGCCUGGGUGGCGUGCGUCGAAAUGCGAGCACGGGGUUUUGGACCAACAUCAUCAAUGGAAGCACCCUUUGGACAAGUCUGGAGCGAAACAGAGGAAAAGACAGGGAGACAAAAGUUCCGUCACGUGGACAUUGGAUGCGGAUGUGGGAGCGUUUUGAUGACCAUGGGUUGGGCCUUUCCUGGCUCUAUUCAAUCUCACGGAGUAGAGGCACAAGCGGUAUCGUUUGCUCUGUGUCAACGAGGCGUCAAGUUCAACUUGGGGGAAGAACAAAAAUCGAUUCAGUUGGUACAUGCGGACCUUCGAAGCUGGGAUCCCAACUCCAAUGAUAAUGCUGGGAAUGUCAACGAAGAAACUGAUGGCACACAACAAACACUUUUUGAUCUGGUUACUGGGACACCGCCCUAUUUUCCAUUGGAUCGCUUUGUCGCUAGUGAGAAUCAUUCGCAAAAGAUUCGUUGCCGCGUACCGACUCGUGGAGCGGCCUCGGACUACGUUGCUGCCGCGGCUCGAUUGCUGAAACCGAAUGGGAUCUUUGUCAUCGUAGAAACAGCUCGACAAGAGGCGGAGCAAUGUGUGAUGGAAGCAGCGGAGCAGCAUCAACUCGGCGUUUGGAAUCGAGUGGAUGUGAUUACAAGGACCGGUUUGCCACCCCGUUUCAGCUGUUGGGUCAUGGGGAAACGAAGAACGAGUUACUCAGAGAACAAUGACAUUGGCAGUACUACUACUGCACCAUCCUCAUGGAAGUCCUUUCCCAUCACAACCUUGACCCUGCGCGAUGAAAAUCAAAUACGAACUGAAGAAUAUGUGGAUGCCAUGGAGAUGAUGGGCUGGAUUGACUUUGAAGAUAGCCGACAACAGUGGGCGAAAACGGUAAAGUGA